CAUUAUCCGUCCUCCCUUCCUCCCUUCCCUGUGUCUCCCUCUCCCCUGCUCCUUCAGCUUCUCUUCCCUUCCUCCCACGUAUGCUUCCGCCUUCUCUCUUUCCCUGACAUCACAACUGACAACAAUCCCUGGUAUCCCUUUUCGUUCCCUUAAAAAUAAAAUUAUCAUCUUCGUUCAGUUACAUAUCUCAAUCUCCUCAGUCGUCUCUACAUUAAACAUAGUGGUGGUGGGUUAGCUGUCUGUUGGACACUCACAGCUAUGGGUAAUUGGAAGAAUCGCCCGUCUCGGAGAUGGUACUAUAAUCAAGACAGACGGCCUCCCAAAUCGUAUUACGAUCAUCAGCCUCCUCCUUAUGAAGGAUUAUAUUGAUGAUGGUGUACCUGUAUGGGAAAAGGAGUUCUGUUAUGCUGUUGGUGCAGUACCUUGGCAUAAAGUUGUAGAUGCUAAGAAGUUCUCUUACUCCCAAAGCCAGAUUCUCAAAUGGGAUGACUCAGCCGGUAAAGAGGCAUUUCAUAAUGCUAAAAACCGUUACUGGGCAGUUAUUAAUGGUCUCUCUUGUGACAUACCUCCACCGGAUCCUGAUGCUUGUAUAGAUGAAAUUAAUUGGAACCCUUAUAUUGACCCUGAACUGAUUCGUGAAUUGGAGCAAGAGUAUUAUGCUCCAGUUGAUGAUGAAGAGAUGAACUUUGGUAAUAUGAAGAAAAAGACCAAGAAUAUGUUCUCUGAUCCGCUAGAAGGGUGUAGUAUGAAUCCCGCAGAAGAUGUGGGGAACCGUUGGGAGACUCAGAACUUUGUGCUGGGCAGUAGUGCUGCUGUGACUGCUGGAUGUCAAGGCUGGGGAGAUCAGUGGGAUGAUAACUUGAAAGAAUCUAAUGAUUCAAAUAAAGAUGAUAAUAAUCCCUGGGAGAAGGCCCGCCAUCAGGGAGAUGAAGCUGUAGAUGGGAGUGGGGGCUGGCCAGUUGUAGGCGAUGAUUCAUGGGGAUGGAACACUUCUGUCCAUGUUGCUCCACAGUCGAAGGAUUGGGUGAACGGGGGCAAUACUUGGGAGGGCAAUGGUGCAGCUACUGCUGUCCCUUCUAAGGCUGAUGGUUGGGGUGAAUUUGGGGAUGGGUUUUGGGGUCAUAAUGAACAUCAGCCUAGGAAAUGGAACAAUGGUCAGCAACCUAGGGAAGGCAGCUUUCAAGCUAGUGGCACUCUGAAUGAGAGAGGAUGGAGAAAUAAUAGCAGCAGUCAAGCAUGGGCGAGGAAACCAUGGGAUGAAGAUGCUGCCGAGGAAACCCAAAAAUCCAACUAUAGGAAGCCGAACGUUGGUGGUUGGAGAACCUGGAAUAAGGAUUCCUGGAGGAAUGAAGGCGGCAAUCAACAUGGAACAGGAUACAGCAGGACAAUACCUAGGUUUGAUGGGAACUACGAUUAUCGAGCGGGCGGUCACCAUUGGAGGGGUAAGAAGAGGGCAAAUUUUGGUUAUAACUAAGGAAAAGCAUUUUGUAUAACAUAUAUAGAAUGUGCCCUUUUGUUAUGUGGGAACAGAGACUUGUGGGUCGUUGUGUGUAUGAAAAAGUGUUUCAUGGCUGCUAACCAUCUCUAUCAUACAAGUGUUAACCCUGUUUUAAGCUGAUCAUGAUGCAAUUCAGCUUUCUGUGUUUGAUUUCGCAGUUUAGUCUGGUGUCUGAAUUCGUUCAAGUCAAACAUGAUAACCUGUAAUGUGGAUGACUGAUAGUCACCUACUCACCUUUCCAUAGCUAUA